AUGCAAAUUUGUUGUAGCGCCGCGCAACCUCCGUCCAGCCCGAUUGCGUCGCCCUCGACGCAUGUGCACCAGAACCAAGAACAUCUAUUCCUGCUUCCCCCCUGCAUUUCCCUUUAUAAAGUUGUCAAGAUGAGUUGCUGUGGCGGCGCCGUCGUUGAGCACGAGGUGGUGCUCGACUCUGCCAGCGAAGGAGACGAUUUGCUUCCAGAUCAGCUCAUCCCAUCCAUCCCACGGUCCGGGAAUCUGCUUUUGGCGGCCAACAAAAUCGCUGAAAUUCAAGCACCACCCGAGAUUCGGAAUAAGAUCACCUGGAAACCAGGAGUCGACAUUUUCUUUGAUAAGAAGGAGAGUACCAUCGAUUUGGUAAUGGAUUUGCCUGGAUUCACCAAGGACGAUGUGAGCGUAGAAGUUGGCGAAGGACAGCUGUUCAUCUCUGGGCCUCGGUCGAAGAAUGAGCUGAGAGAGAAGUACGGGGCCAAUUUGGUGCUGUGCGUCCAUGAGCGGCCCACUGGGUUCUUUCUGCGCGCAUUCCAGUUGCCGCCGAAUGCCGUCGAAGACUCAGUCCAUGCAGUUAUGACAAACGGAAUGUUGGAGGUCAAAAUCUCUUGCAUCCAAACUCACGAAAGGAAGAAGGUGGAGAUUUUGCUGCCGGGUGCAGCUCAGGCCGAGAAGGGGUCAAAGAAGUAA